UGAGUUUUGCAUACUAUAUAAAAUGACAUGGUUGGUAAAUCGACAUUACAUAGAUCUUUGAGCACCAUGUAUCGUGUAUUUCUACUUGUGACAUUCGCUGCUGUGUUAAUACUGGGUGAUGACAGUGAAGAACAGAAAAAAUGUUCCAGAAUUAUUACGCAUCCUGCUGUGAAGUUUUGUUGUAAAAAGGGGAUCCGCCAUCAUGGGAAACUACACGGUUUCCAUCGACGAACACAUACUGAUGAUUUGAAUUUGAAAGAAUGUUUCCAUUCAUCUAAGAAAUUGGACCCGUGUGAACGAGAACUAUGUAUUGCAAAUAAGAAGGGAUUCGCUUCGGCCGAUGGAGAAAUAGAUAAGGACGCUUUAGCUAUGGUUAUUGAAAAUGAUUUUGAAGAAAACAAUGAGCUAAAGGAAUUGAUUUUAGAUAAUUGUGUGGGAACCGAUUUGACUAAAUUUGGACCUGAGGAUAUGUGUGAUGUGAUGAAAUUAAAGAUGUGUAUGGAUACACAGCAUUUGAAAGGUUGCGAAGAAUGGGACGAUGAAGCUCCUUGUGAAGGAAUGCAGAAAUUAGUUGAAGAUUGUAUGCAAUUGUCAGAAUAAGGCAAUCAGUUACUUAAAAUUCAAAUAAUAAUAAACCUUACGAAAUUGGUAUUACAGUUGAAAUUAAAUAAAGCAAUCUAA